AUGGAGGAUGUAUUCAGUUGUCUUUACCGCGGACAUCGAGAAGAUGUUUCGGCGGAUAUGGAUCCAUCCAGAGGAUUAAACAUUCCAAAAAAUUCUAUGGCGAGAGAGUCACGAUCAGGAGCGAUAUGCACGUUACUUCAGUUAGCGGAGGAUGAGGGUGAUAACUUUCCCCUCGCUUCUCAAAUUCUACGGAAAGAGAUUUACGUCGAUGACGUACUAUCAGGGGCAGAUGACGUUAGCUCAGCGAGGAAAAAGCGCAGACAGGUAGACUUAUUGUUGCAGGCAGGAGGUUUCACCCUGAAAAAGUGGGUGUCAAAUGUAGGGGAAGUUUUAGAGGGUGUUCCCACUGAUCAUCGAGAGGACGCUACUUAUCUUCUACUCAAUCAGGAUCCAUCCUUUCGUGCUCUUGGCAUUUUAUGGCAGCCGUCGUCCAAUUUUUUACGUUUUCAGAUCGACCCAUUGUCGGAGAGGAGUCGGAUUACAAAACGAACGGUAUUUUCUGAGAUAGCUCGUAUACUCGAUCCAUUGGGAUGGCUAGCACCAGUCAUCGUCAAGGCCAAGAUGUUCAUGCAGAGUCUAUGGGCUCUCAAGAUAAAGUUUAGAAACGACUUGUCUGAUCUUUCAACUUUAUCCAUACCACGUUGGUUGGCAACUACCUCUUCCAGCUAUUGUGAACUUCACAGAUUAGGAGAUGCCUCAGAAAAAGCAAUAGGAGUUGUUAUAUAUCUUCGUGUCACAUCACCUUCGAAUCUAACUCGUGUUACUCUUGUCAUGGCUAAGACGAAAGUGGCUCGAUUAAAGGAGACCUCAAUUCCUAGGCUCGAAUUGUGUGCCGCUGUUUUACUGGUAAAGUUGAUGUCACAUGUACAGUCGGUCCUGAGUCUCCCGGACUCAGCCCCGAUACAUCUUUGGUCCGAUUCGGAAAACACUUUGGACUGGAUUCGAGUUCCACCGCUUCGAUGGAAGACCUAUAUCUCUAAUAGAGUUUCGGAAAUUCAGCGUGUUCUACCAGCGGCGGCUUGGCAUCAUGUUCCUGGAACGGAUAAUCAUGCCGAUUGUGCAUCACGAGGCCUCACACCGAUUCGAUUAGAACAUCAUCUUCUAUGGUGGCAAGGACCAGUUUGGUUGGCCAGACCUGAGCUUCUGUGGCCAAAUUUAACUGAAGCUAGAGACCCAUCUGUUGAUAGGGAGGAACGAGAUAUCACCCAUUCUGCACUAGUCGAUCAUGAAACACCUUGGCGGCUCCUGACUCAAUAUUCUUCGCUUAGAAAACUGUUAAGAUUCACUGCUAUCUGUUUGCAGUUCGUGGAUCGGCUUCGUAGAAAGCAUUUCGAACGGCCGCCUUGUCAUCCGACGACGACAUAUCUUAAAUUGGCCCUACAAAAGUUGAUCGGCCAGAUUCAGCAAAAAACCUUCCCUAAGGUCAUCAUCAAGGUACAAAGACAAUUACCUGUUUCGAAAUCGAGUCCAUUAUUGAAGCUACUACCUUUUUUGGACUCUAAUGGAAUAUUGAGAUUAGGAGGUCCACUGACUCAUGCUGUACUAGAUUACGAGGAGAGAUGUCCAUACAUCUUACCUAAGGACUCACCGUUAACGACCUUGAUUGUAAGGAAUGGACAUCAGUUCAUGCUACACGGUAGUCCUCAACUAACAUUGUCUUAUUUAAGGAGAAGCUUAUUGGAUCCUCUCUGGUCGUACGGCUGUGAAAAGUGUGUUGUCUCGAUGUCUGAUCUGCGCGAGACAUCGAGCAAACCCUUGUAG